AUGGACUACGAGAUGGACAUCGAGCCCACCGGGCCCCAAGUCACCGUCCGCGAGGCCGAACCCAACCGCGUCGACUUCAAACUCACCUCCGUGGACCUCGCCUUCGCCAACUCCCUCCGCCGAACCAUGCUAGCGGAGAUCCCCACCAUGGCUAUCGACCUCGUGGAAGUAGAGAAAAACACCUCCGUACUCCCCGACGAAUUCCUCGCCCACCGUCUGGGCCUCAUCCCCCUGAACAGCAAAAACUGCGACCAAGACAUCGAGUACACGCGCGACUGCGAGUGCGAGGACCACUGCGCGCGGUGCUCCGUGACGCUGACGCUGCAUGCGCGGUGCACGGGCGACGACAUCAUGCGCGUGUAUGCGCGCGAUCUCGUCGUGAACGGGGAACGGGCAAACGAGUGGGUGGGAAACCCGGUGAUUCUGGACCCCGAGGGAAACGGACCCUUGAUUUGUAAGUUGAGACGUGGGCAGGAGUUGAAGAUGACGUGUAUUGCGAAGAAGGGGAUUGCGAAGGAACAUUCGAAAUGGGCGCCCACGGCGGCGAUUGGGUUCGAAUAUGAUCCGCAUAACAAUCUGCGGCAUGUGGAUUAUUGGUAUGAGGAGGAUCCGGCGAAGGAAUGGCCGGUAUCUGCAAACGCAGCAUGGGAACACCCCGCUCCUCCGGAUCAACCAUUCGAUUACGACGCCCAGCCGAACAACUUCUACCUCGAUGUGGAGAGCAUCGGAACCCUCGACCCGGAUAUGAUUAUUCAACAGGGCAUUACGGUGCUGCAGCGAAAACUGGCCUCCGUGAUCUCGUCACUGUCGGGCACUGAGGGUGCGGAUCGCAACGGAGUCAUGGGCGGAGACGACGAGGAUAUGAUGGGCGUGCGCAGUCCGGAUGCGUACGAGCCGCCAGAGGGCAUGGAUGGUGGAUUCACGGCAUACGCCAAUGGCGGCGCCAGUGCAUGGGGUGCCAGUGCAGCAACGCCGUACGGAGUGACACCGUACGGAGGUGGUUAUGGAUUCUAG